GAUAAACUAUAGUCAACAAUUUUAAUGCAAUAAUAGAUGUUAUUAAAUCUUUUAAUGAGCGUAAUAUGAUAUAAAUAUCAUCCGCUCGCCGAAUCAAUCGAUCACCUCGCAUCACCCUCGGGGAUUGUGCUCCCAGUUUUUGCCCUUGGAGUCGUCGUGUUUACCUAUAAUUCCUGUUCAGGUGUGAUGUCAAUUUCUAACCCUACCAGUGUUAUGGUUUAAUUUCCACGCGGUUUUAAUUCACCGUUCCACUUUCUGCACUUGGCCUUCCGUGAGUUAACCCUAACAGGGAGAUGGCUAUAUAAGAGAGGACCGAGCAGACGACAGGUUAAACUCCUCGCGGAAACAGACCAACGAAGAAGGCGCGCGCUAUGUUCCUUGGAUCUAUGAUGGACGCUGCACAAUGGGUGAAAUUAUCCUCAGUGUCGGCGAUGAGUUUCGUCGACUUGACGACAGUUCUGGUUUUUAUUGUCGUGUUUUUGAGUCUUCUUUUUCUGAAUUGGACCCCAUCAACAGACAUUCCUGGACCGUUUGCUCUACCUCUUGUAGGAAAUUUGAUUCAGUUCAUCAGAAUGGGUAGAAAGAGACACAUAAAGCUCAUGUCUCUGCACAAGAAGUAUGGGGACGUAUUCCGUAUGUAUAUUGGACCGUAUUUGGUGGUAUUUAUCUGCGGGUAUGAGAAUAUUCAUGAUGCAUUUGUGAAGCAUGCGGCUCAGUUUACAAACAGACCUAGCUGGCUUCGUGAUAUCGAACGGAGGAUAAAACGCAACGGGCAUGGUCUUGUUUGGGCAAAUGGAGAGCAUUGGAAGAAGGUCCGUCGGUUUGCCCUACACAGUAUGAGGGAUUUGGGUGUCGGCAAGAAAUCGAUCGAAGAAGUCAUUCAGGACGAAGCCAAGACGCUGACCAAUAUAUUUGCCUCUAAAGAAAAUCAGCCAAUCACCGACGUCAAACGAAUGAUGACGACAUCCAUUAGUAACGUCAUACAUCACGUUGUAUUUGGGUUUAGGUAUUCACACACGGAUGAGAAGUUCCAAAGCCUGAUAGAGGCACUAGAUACGUUAUUCAAAGGACCAGGGCCAAUAAUAGCUUCACUGCCCGGAUUUUGUCAAAUAGGAAUGGGAAGCGGGGUUAGCCAAAGAAUGAAAGCACAACAAGUAUUGCUAGAAUACACAAAAUCUCAAAUAGCAGAGCAUGAGAAAACAUUUGAUGAAAACAACUUGAGAGACUUCAUCGACGUCUACAUUCAAGCCGAAAAACAAGAUGGCGAAUCCAAGGGAAAAGUAAACCAACUGUUCCGAAUUAUUAUGGAGCUUUUUGCGGCGGGGACCGAAACAACCGGAACUUCUCUAGACUGGGCCUUCCUAUAUAUGAUCAUCAACCCUAAAAUCCAACAAAAAUGUUAUGAAGAAAUAAAACAGGUUGUGGGCGUUGAUAGGGAGGUUCGUUACUCAGAUAAACCAAGUCUACCUUACGUAGAGGCCACACUUUUAGAAGUACUCAGAAUAGCAAAUAUAGCUUCUUCAUCUGUACCGCACACGGCAACGGAAGAUGUCGACAUAGCAGGUCAUCGAAUUCCCAAAGACUCCAUCGUGUUGGGUUUUCUCUCCACGUCGCAUUUAGAUGCCAAAAAUUUCUGCCAGCCACGCGAAUUCCGUCCGGAGAGAUUUAUUGACGAUGUUACAGGGAAAGUUUGCAAGAAAGACCAACUCAUUCCUUUCUCAACAGGACCACGGAUAUGUCCCGGGGAAUCCUUAGCUAAGACUGAAAUGUUUCUAGUUUUCUCAAACCUCGUCCAAAAGUUCCGUUUCUGUAAAGUGUCGGAGACUGAUGAAUUUGAUCUGGAAGGAUUAACAGGCAUAACAACAUUUGCAUGCCCAUAUAGAUUAAAAGUUGAAAUCCGUUAACAUACAUGUAAUUCAUUACGCCACAACACGAUAUACUGUGGAAUCAUUAAACUUCGUGGGGGCCAAUUUUCGUGGAUUGCUUAAAUUUUACAGGUUCGAGGGGACGUAAUUUCGUGUAUUUUCGUAUUCAUACAAAAGGAUUAUGACUUCAUAGCCCUAAUUUAUUAGUUCAUAGGGGUUUAUAUUCGUGGAUGAGAGGUAGCCACGAAUUCCACGAAAAUUGAGCCACCACGAAAUCUAAUAAUUCUACAGUAUAUUGAGUGCCUUUGUGUUAAUUGUUAUGUGCUGUUGGAAACAAUGUUUAAAGUACCUGUGCUAUUAAUGGCUGUCACAUUGAUAUUAAUGAUGUUAUGAUAUUAUAAUACAUUUGUAAUUAAUAAUGAUAAGUAUGGUAAGGACCUAGUAAGUUGUUAGAACUUGCAUUCGAACCAUUGCUUUGUUUAUAAUCAUGGUUCUGCAUGUACAUUAAAGUCAUACAUGCUGUAACCAACCAUUUAUGACAUGUUAUUUUACGUUUUGUACUUGACUUUAUUGUUUUUUAAAGAAUGUUUUUGCUUAUUUGGUGCACAUGUUUUAUUGUUUCAAUAUAAAAUUAUGACUGUCA